AUAGGAUCCAGAUCCACCGUGACCCGAAAGCGCAAACUAACGACGAAUGAACAAAGUCAUCCUCUAAACGAUGUGAACUCGUAUGUCGUGUGUUCUGUAGGUGGAAAGUUCUGGAAUAAAACACUCUGUUAAACCGGCAAAAUAUCAUUGUCCAAAUUGACAUAACGAGCUUAAUAUCUAAAGAGUUGGAUUAUGUUCAUUUAAAAAUAAUAAUAAUAAUCAUAAAUCUCUUGAGAGGUCUCCGGCUGCACAAAGUUUGAGAAGCACCUGAUGGACCUCAGGUGGUACAAAACACCCAUAAUGCACUAGAAAAUAUGGAGGAGGGCACUAUUUCAGAAGGCAAGGUCCUGCAGUCAGGUAUUGUGUGUGUGUGUAUUUUCACAUUCUCCUUGUGUCUAUGUGGGUUUCCUCUGGGUUCUCUGGUUUCUUCUCACCUCCCAAAAACAUGCCAGUAGGUGGACUGGUCAAUCUACAUUGCCCCCAUGUGUGUGUAUUCCCACCUCACUCCCAGUGUUCCCAGAAUAAUUCCAGCUCUGGGAAGAAUUCACCCUGACCCUGAGCAAAGUGUUUACUGAAGAUGAAUGAAUGAAUGAGUAAAUGAAUCUCUGCAUGAAUCAGUUACACAGAGUCGACUCGUGAUUCCCAGUGAGUCAUUUUUGGGAGUCGACUCGCAGCUCUACUCUACUGCCCGUGUCUGAGCUGCUCCUGCUGUGGUGUAUAGACCCAGCUGAGCACAUUUCACUGUUAAUGACACUUAUAUGGCGGAGCGGCCCUCCACAGGGGCGAGCGGGGUACAGCUCAGUCACGGAGCGGACGAUGGACCGAAUCGAUCGAGAUUAUCGGUGAACGAUGAGCAAAGCUGCCGUCAGCUCCAGGACGAGGAAACGCCGACGAAGAAAACAGACAAUGGGAAAAUAAAUGGAUUUGUAGUUGAGGGAGAGGAGACUCCCACUUUCCUUGACCUAGACAGCUCUCUGCACUCAGUGAGCCAAAAUGGUGACAAACUCCUACUAGAAUCUGACUUGAAACCAAAACCCUCUGGACAGCCCUCAUACACUGGCCUGAAGGGGGAAAGGAAAGGCAAUAACACUAGUAGAAACUACAGUAUGGACUGCAAAAAUGACAAGCCCUCAGAGUUGACCACACAUGAGGGCAAAAAGGAGGCCUUGGUGUCUCUAAACGGUGUGGUGACGCUAAACUGUGGACCACUCACCAACGGCUAUCCCGGCACGCCCGGUACGGACAAUGAUGGCAGUGGCUCGGAAAGCGGUUACACCACACCAAAGAAGCGCCGAGCCCAGAGGAACGGCAAAUCUUUGGACAAUGUGACUGCUUCAAGCCAGGUUAAGGCCAUGCAGCAGGCCAGUAAGCAAGAACCAGGGCUAGCCACUCUAGAACUGGCCGACAGAACCUCAGCUGUGCAGGUGGAAAUUAGCAGAGCCUCCUCAAAGACAGACAGCCAUUCCAGUGGCUUGACAAAAACUAGAGAGGCAACCACUACCCCACCUGUGCUACCGACGUCCGAGGUUUACCGGAAAAGCGCUGGGAAAAAAUUUGAGGAUAAGUCCACUAAAACAAAAGUGGCGGCAUCGGCUAAAGAGGACUCAUGGACUCUGUUCAAGCCGCCACCCGUCUUUCCUGUGGACAACAGUAGCGCGAAGAUAGUGCCUAAGAUCAGUUAUGCAAGCAAAGUGAAGGAGAACCUCAAUAAGGCAGCCCAGACUGGCACCGAGAUUCCCGCUCCUGCUCCACAGGUAACCGGGAGGCCAUCGCAGGUGCCCAUGUCGGCUGUGAAAACCAUCACCUCGGCCAGCUUUAGCAACGGUGACGGCAACACCUGCCCUCUGCCUGGUCCCCACUUCAGCUCGGUCCCCAGUUCCUCCCCCGUACCAGUCGUCUCCUCAGCAGGCUCUGAUCAUGUAGCAUCUUCCACUGGCAGUAGCUGCAAUCCCUCCACCUCCACCUCAACUACCACGUCUGAGCCCAGGAAACCUAAUCUGUUCGUUUACCCCCUUUCCGCCUCCUCCUCUUCCAAUAUGCAACUUUCUCUCCCCAGCGGCCGUCAAUCUGACCCCCCACCCAAUCAGAAAUCUCUGGGCGACAUCUUCCAAAACCAAUGGGGUUUGUCGUUCAUCAACGAACCCAGCGGCGGUCCAGAAGGUCCGACGUGCGGUUCGACGGCAAAGGCCAAACCUGUAGAGGUGAGCUUUCAGGGAGGCUGCACUGCAGCUGUGGCUACGCAGACACACGGCGCCCCCCAGAGGCCAGAUCAGUCAGCUUUUCCAGACAAACGGACUAGCGUGAGUAAAGGAGGAAACCUCGCGCCGUCUGCGGCCAGCGGGUCUACCGAAGGCUCGCUUCAGGCUUUGAACCUCGAGGUGGAUACGCAAAAGGACGAUCCUGGGGUUUCUGGUGCAAUAGUGUUUUGCUCUUCCUCUAAAGACGUCGGGGCGGAGCUACCCCGCAAGUUGUCUCUGCCCAGGGAGCAAGGCUACACUAAGGGCUUCGAGAGGAGGGCCAGCUGGGACUUUUUUGAUCUUAAAGCUGCUGUAGUAUAUCACACUAAAGAAAUGGAAUAUAUUUUGAAUUUGCAAAAGCAAGAUCCAAAUCGCGUAGUGCUCUACAGUGAAUCUAAGAACGGUCCUGAUCAGUGAAGCUCAGUCUGGACACGCCGUCUCCUCAGCCGGACUCCGCUAAGAGAAAAAAAAAAACAAAACACCCGCGCUUGAAGAAACCCGGUCACAGCCGCUGACUCGGAAACGAACAUCGUGACUCGGAACAAAGGCCGCUCUCGAGACGGAGUGUUUUAAAGAGGCUGAGCGCAAGAGUGGAUGAAACGGGUUGGCUGAAUAAAGGACGAGAAACGAGGACCUGGAGCCAAGACGCUCUGCUUCUAAAGCAGGACCUGUUUUUGUUUUUUUCUUUCUUUUGUUUUUUUUGUUUUUUUGCUGAAGACAAUUCGACUGUUUUUGUUUUGUUUUUUUAGGGAUGUUCAAGAAUUCAUGUUCAAACUCUAACAGUACGGCAUUUCUUUUAAAAAGCGUAGAUGGCGGACUUCGUCCUGCUGGCUGCCUCAGAAGAGGAAGCACCUCGCGUUCGGACGCACUGCGCUCUCGUGUUCGAACACACUGAAAUGCUUUUGACCCCGGGGGGGCGAAAAGAGAAAAAAAAAUGUCGCCCUCUAGUGUCUGGGGUUGGGGAUGGGAGUCAAGUCACCGAGGAUAAACUGUUCAAUGUUUCAGGGGACAUAAACAAAACAAAAACGUUUCGGUCGAGCUGGCACUUGCUAAGGCCUUGGGAUACUUGUCUUAAUUUUGUGAAUGGAUUUGAAUGAGUCAUGUUUUUUCUGCUUUUUUUUUUUUUUUUUUUCCUUCUUCUUUUGUUUCUUAGAAUGAAAUUCUAAGGUUUCCAGGGUGCACUUAAGUGAGAAUAGACUUGCAAACUGCUGUCUGUGUACGUCCUCUGGAAGAUUCGCUAGUCUUAUCGUCGUCUUUUCACCUUUCGCAUCACCUUGUAAUCCACAGAUAAAGGACAGGUUUUUUUGUUUUGUUUUGUUUGGUUUUUAAAAAAAAAAAAAGAAGAAAAAAAAUCAUUUUACAUUUUCAGUUUUAUAUUAACUCUUAGAUCCCAGUGGACGAGUAGAUAAGAUAAGAUGCACCACGGACGUUAAGAUCGCUUCAGCACCGGUUCUUUUUCAGUUUAUUAUUUACAUUAGAGCUUCUUAGUUUCUUAGAAUAUUUCUCUUUGCACAAGGAACAGAAUCUGCAGUUGUGGUGUGAGUUGUUUUUAGGGCUACAAGGCCACAGUUUAGCAUGACACGAUAACAGUUUGUUUGAUGCACAUGAACAGGCACCGAGCUUUUUCCUCUCCUUUUUAAAAAAAAAAAAAAUUCUUUCUUUAUCUUUAUUUUCAACGAGCACCACUUCUUUUUCUUUUUUUUUGAAUGCAUUCACCAUUAAACAGGGCUCUGUUCCUUUAUUCUCAAGCUCAUGGAUUUAUAAUUUAAAGCCGAGGGUCAUCAGGCGUUGUUUUUUUUUUGUUGUUGUUGUUUUUUGUUUUUUUUUUCCUUUCUUUCUACAGCCUGAAGAUGUUCUUGUUUGUUUGUCUGUUUGUUGAUUUUUUUUUAAUUUUUUUUUUCUUUAGUGUCAGGAAGCAAAUAUUAAGAUUUAACCUUUCUUUUUUUUUCCAUCUAUUUUAUCUCAUCACAAGAUAAUUGAUUCAUAUAUUAUAUAUAAUGAGUAGCACUUUAUGUAUUUUUAAAUCGUAUUAUCUUGACAGAACGUCGACAGAUCAGUGCGUAACGGAAAUUAUAUAGCGAUUUACGAAUAGGAUACUAAUUUCUAACAACGGGUCUGGAGGUCCUCGUAAAGGAUAAAAUAUUUGUUGGGGGGGCGGGGGGGGGAUUAUUUAGAAAAUGACCUAAUGAAAUGAAAUGAAAUGCACCAACAGUGUUAUUGCCAAAAAUGAAAAAAGGGUGUCCAUGUUUGCUACAAAUGGUUUUGGUUUUUUUUUUGGUUUGUUUGUUUGUUUUUUGUCUAUCUAACCAAACUGAUUUUUGACUAGUAGAAAGCCAAGUGGAUCAUUUAGCAUCAUGUACCGUUCCCACCCCCUAUACAUGGUCAUAAACACUGCCAGCUCCAGAGGUGGAAAAAAACAAACAACGAUUUCCUCGCUUGACACGAAAUGAAACGCUGUAAAUUUGACAGUUUUUUGGCUCCGUUGCCGUUUUCUGUUUCUGAAGCUGGCUCACGUUCAGCCCUGGAUCUUCACGAGACAUUUCACUGCAUCAGCCAGAUAAUUAACACGUACGUCGUAGCCGAGAUAACGAUAAAGGUUAUUUGUUUGCUUUUUAAAUGCUGCUUUUUUUCCCCCUUACCGGUUGAACCACCUGCUUUCUUUCUGUUUGUCUUUUUUUGUUGUUGUUGUUGUUGUUGUUGCUAUAAUGCACCUUCGCUACUUUCUUCUUGACUUCCUAACAGUUGUGUUAGAAAUCAGUUAGCGUGAGUUGGUCCUAACCCUUAGCAAACAUAGUUCUUACUUUAAAGCACCCUAUAAAAGGUAGGUAUUUGUUCUUUUUUUUUUUUUUUUUUUCUUUUUCCUCUCUCUCUUUCUUUCUUUUCCGAGGAUAUGAUGAGAGUAGUACAGAGUCCCUGAAGGGACCUUUGCAAAAAAAAAAAAAAAAAAAAAAAAAAAAAAUAUACACCCACAAUACAAAACACAUGCAUUUGUGCUUGAAAGUUUGUGAACCCUUUAGAAUUUUCUACAUUUCUGCAUAAAUGUGACUUAAAGCUUUCACACAGGUCCUAAAAGGAGAUAAAGAGAUCCCUAUUAAAGAAAUGAGACAAAAAUAUUAUACUUGGUCGUUUAUUUAUUGAGGAAAAUGAUCCAAUAUUACAUAUCUGUGAGUGGGAAAAGUAUGUGCACCUUUGCUUUCAGUAUCUGGUGUGAUCCUCAUGUGCAGUAAUAACUGCAGAUAAACGUUUGGGGUAACUGUUGAUCAGUCCUGCACGUCGACUCUGAGGAAUUUUAUCCCGUUCCUCAGUACAGAACAGCUUCAACUCUGGGAUGUUGGUGGGUUUCCUCACAUGAACUGCUUGCUUCAGGUUCUUCCACAACAUUUCUAUUGGAUUCAGGUCAGGACUUUGACUUGGCCAGUCCAAAACAUUCACUUUAUUCUUCUUUAACCGUUCUUUGGUAGAACGACUCGUGUGUUUAGGGUCGUCGUCUUGCUGCAUGACCCACUUUCUCUUCAGAUUCAGUUCAUAGAAAGAUGUCCUGACAUUUUCCUUUAGAGUUCAGCAACUUGCAGAUGCAGCGAAACAGGCCCAAACCACAAUACUACCAUCAGCAUGUUUCACAGAUGGGAUAAGGUUCUUAUGCUGGAAUGCAGUGUUUUCCUUUCUCCAAACGGCUUGUCCAUGUGAUCUUUAGCAAACUGCAGACAGGCAGCAAUGUUCUUUUUGGAGAGCAGUGGCUUUCUCCUUGAAACCCUGCCAUACACACCACUGUUGUUCAGUGUUCUCCUGAUGGUGGACUCAUGAACAUUAACAUUAGCCAAUGUGAGAGAGACCUUUAGUUGUUUAGAAAUCGCCCUGGGUUCCUUUGUGACCUCGUGGACUGUUACACAUCUUGCUCUUGGAGUGAUCUUUGUUGGUCUCCGCUCCUGGGGAGGGGAACAAUGGUCUUCAAUUUCCUCCAUUUAUACACAAUCUGGCUGACUGUGGAUUGGUGGAGUCCAAACAGAUGGUUUUGUAACCUUUUCCAACCUGAUGAGGUUCAACAACUCUUUAUCUGAGGUCCUCAGAAAUCUCCUUUUGUACACUUCCACACACAUGUAUUGUGAAGGUCGGACUUUGACAUAUCCCUGUUCUUUAAAUAAAACCACUAAUCCUAGCAGUACACAUACUUUUCCCACUCACAGAUAUGUAACUUUGGAUCAUUUUCCUCAAUAAAUAAAUAUCCAAGUAUAAAAUUUUUUGUCUCAUUUGUUUAAUCGGGUUCUCUCUAUCUACUUUUAGGACCUGUGUGAAAAUCCGAUGAUGUUUUAGCUCGUAUUUAUACAGAAAUAUAGAAAACCCAUAAGGGUUCACACACUUUCAAGCACCAGUGUACUUACAAAAAAUAAAAGAAAAUCUUGUGAAAACAGAAAUGAUUCUGUGUGCAUUUAGAUAAUUUUCUGUUUUCAUGAGAUUUUUUUUUUUUCUCCUGAAACAAAAGGACAUUUUAUUUUAUUUUAUUUUAUUUACAGAAUUAUCGCUUGCGCUCCACGUACUGUCUCUUGUUUUUGUGAAAAUGAAAACUGUCUCAUGCGCACAUGAUGAUUUUCCAUUCUCACAAGAUUUUUUUUUUGGUUAGGAUGCAAGGGUUGUUUUUUUUUUUAUUAUUUUUUUUUUUUGGAGGGGGUCAAAUGUCUCUUUAGGGGCUCUGUAGAUUUGAGGUGUGCGUGGGACUACUUUUUUAAACCCCAACCCCGCUCAGUCUGAUUAGCUCCUGUAACGUAAGUGAGAACUGGAACGAACUUGUUUAACUGUCACUUUAAACGGAUAAAAAGUAUUCUUUAAUACAUAGAAACUCUUUGGCGGUUUGUUGUGGUAUAAGAGGAAUAAAACACCUCGGGAUGUUCUGUUUUACAGGGAGAUAAAUCACCGAUGUGACUCGGAUUGCUUUCCGAGUACACGGCCUCGCUGGUUUACGUUCCUCUAACGGCACACCACCGAGAGUUUUUUUCCCCCCACUCACCCGAUAUUAAUGAGCGUUGCAUUACUUUUCCCUUCAAGCUUCAUAUCUGACCCUGUGUGUGAAAGUAAACGCACCCUUUCCCCACAGCUUAUCGUUAUUGUUUGGGGGGUUGGGUCCUGAUGCACACCUUUUAUCUCGGAGUUAGUCAUGUAGUACUACGGCACACUUUUAUUUGUUGUCGUCAUCGUCGUUUAACCCUUAAAAGUGUGCUGCACCACUUCUUUUCUGAUCUUUUUAUCUAAACACUUCUGGCGUGGAGCUGGAAGACGAGGCGGAUGCACAUAGGCAGAAUUCCUACUUUAGGGUAUGCACAUCAAGCAGAAGUCUUUAUUUGAUCCGUAAGAAGCACUUAUUCCCCAUCGAUUUAUUAUUUUAUUUUUAUUUUUUUUUUGAGUUAAUAGUUAAUAUAUAUAAUGUAUAUGUAUAUGUGUGUGUAUAAUUAUGCACACUAAUCUAAACCCUUGAUUUCACCUCUUGAUGUCAAGGCCACGAAUUAGUAAAGAAGUGCGAGAGCAGGGAGAGGUCAUCGUACUGAAACUAGACUGUUUAUUCUGUACAUUUGGAAACGUUUCUACGUCAAUACGCAUACAUUUUUCUACUACACGCGUUACGUUCGUCGCACCGUUCCGACUGCUGCGUCCGUCUGUCCGUCCGCCCGUCCGUUCGGCCGUCUGUCCGUGUGUAUGUCUGAGCAUGUGUAUUCGUCUUCAUCUAACCGCUCGACGACGAGCCGUGUCGAGAACUUGCUUACUCCCGAGUCCAGGCCACGCUGUCUGCGCUGUAAGAAAUAUUAAAGGAAUCCCAUCAGAACAUGGAGGAAAAAAAACAAAACAAUCCUCAGUCUCUCUCUCUCUCUCUCACUCUUUCUCUCUCUGUCUGUCUGUCUCUCUCUCUCUCUCUCACUCUUUCUCUCUCUGUCUGUCUGUCUGUCUGUCUCUCUCACUCUUUCUCUCUCUGUCUCUCUCUCUCUCUCUCUCUCUCUCUCUCUCUCUCUCUCUCUCUGAAUCUCUCUCUCACUCUUUCUCUCUCUGUCUGUCUGUCUCUCUCUUUCUCUCUUCCCCAUGUUCCCUUUCUCUCCAACACCGUUUUAAGUUGUGCCAUGUUUUGACUGUUUAAAAAAAAAAAAGAAAAGAAGUUUGAAUGAAUUGUUGUUUUUUUUUUUGCGUGUUGCUCUGUCUGCAUUUCCUCCUGCGGUAAUGAAGAGGAGGGCACCGUUCCGUUUCACCAAUCUUCAUCACUGCUAAUAAACUCCAUGAAAAUGAAAAGUCUCAUGUCUCUUUCUGAAUGUUUAUGUGUUCAACGUUAAUGACCUGCUUAUGAAUGUGAAAGGUUUAUGUCUGUACAUCUCGGAACCAAGCACACAGGUAUUACCCAUUACCCGUUAUUAUUCUACACGCCUGACUCUUACAGGUGCGGUCGCACAUUUACAUUCGCCGUUCAGGAUCUGCAAAACGUUCAUAAUU